AUCGCGGUCACGGCGCAGGCUAAUGUCAAGCUUCACUUCCCUUCCGAAGCCCGCAGUGGUCAUCAUUGGCGCCGGUACAUUUGGCCUGUCCACUGCUUAUCACCUGCUCGAACGUGGCUACACCCAGGUGACAGUACUCGAUCGUGCUGAACAUCUACCCGCGGUCGAUGCGGCGAGCACUGACAUGAAUAAAGUGGUCCGUUCUUGUUACGGCGAUCCGGAAUACACGCGACUUGCGCGCCAGGCGAUCGAAGAAUGGCGCAAGGAUAUGUGGCAAAACUGUUAUCAUGAGUGCGGUGUUCUCAACUUGGGCGAUGCAUAUACUGAGCAGUCCAUCAACAACGAUCUCAAGCACGGUGCCAACGUCGAGCGCCUAAGUAAUACUGCAUCCAUCAGAGCCCAGUUUCCCUUGGAUCUUCAUGAUUCUGGUAAACUAGGGACAUUCGCGUCGUUGGAUAUCGCUUCUACGGGUUAUAUCAACCAUGAUGGCGGAUGGGCAGAAGCUGAACGUGCAGUCAGCCUCCUCAUGGAGCAUGUGAAGAAACGUGGUGUCAAAGUCUUGCCUGGGAAGCCAGUUCAAGAAUUGGUCAAAGACGAACACGGACAAACGAAAGGCGUGCGCUGUGCCGAUGGCUCUGAGUACGAGGCCGAUGUAGUAGUACUCGCUCUCGGUUCGUGGACUGCGAGUGCAUUUCCAUCGUUAAAGCUGACGGGAAAGUGUCUUGCUACGGGACAGAGCAUAGCAACGAUUCAACUGACCCCGGAGGAGGCAGAGGAAUAUCGCAAGUCACCUGUCGUAAUCGAUUUCAGGACCGGUUUCUAUGUGUUCCCACCGACACAUCGUAAUGUUGUCAAACUUGCGAUCCAUGCUGCAGGAUACACCUACACAAUUCCUGGAUCCACCAUAUCAACCCCGCGCACUAUCGUCUCUCACCCAGACAACGGCCUGUGGAUACCGCGGUCGGUUUUGAGGGAGCUGAAGGUCCAGCUGCGAAAUGUGUACCCUGCGCUUGCUGAGAAGCCCUUUAGUGGGACAAGGAUGUGUUGGUACACCGACUCGCCAGAUGGCGAUUGGGUCAUUGGACGUUACCCCGGCGAUCCAGGACUGGUCCUCGCAACGAGCGGAAGUGGGCAUGCGUUCAAGUUCCUCCCUACCAUAGGGAGCCUUGUGGCCGACGUUAUAGAAGAUAAGCUAGACCCGAAACUUGCGGCACGAUUUGCUGUCGAUCGACAGGUGAAGCCUCCCAACGGCGAGCGAGUGUCAGUUGUUUCUCAGGAGCUCAACAUUGACGAACUGUGUGGACCCGAGGAUCUGAUACCAACGUUUUGACUUUCGUGUUGCGCUAUCUGGAA